GGAGGCCCGGGCGCGCCAUCGGGUUGGAUCAGGGCCGUGCCUGUCAGCGAGGCCGGCGGGAUGGCGGCGCUUUAUGCUUGUACCAAGUGCCACCAGCGCUUCCCCUUCGAGGCCCUCAGCCAGGGGCAGCAGCUCUGCAAGGAAUGUCGGAUUGCGCACCCAAUUGUUAAAUGUACUUAUUGUCGAACUGAAUUCCAGCAAGAAAGCAGAACCAACACAAUAUGCAAGAAAUGUGCUCAGAAUGUGAAACUUUAUGGGACGCCGAAACCCUGCCAGUACUGUAACAUAAUUGCAGCAUUUAUUGGAAACAAGUGCCAGCGUUGUACAAAUUCUGAGAAGAAGUAUGGGCCGCCGCAUUCCUGUGAACAGUGUAAGCAACAGUGUGCCUUCGACAGGAAAGAUGAUCGGAAAAAGGUAGAUGGAAAGCUACUUUGCUGGCUUUGCACACUAUCCUAUAAAAGAGUAUUACAGAAGACCAAAGAGCAACGUAAACACUUAAGCACCUCCUCCCGGACAAGCUUGCUAGAGAAGGAACAAUAUGGCCAUCUUAGUAGCAGCAGCCACUACAACAGCCAGAAAACAUUAUCUACAUCUUCUAUUCAGAAUGAAAUCCCAAAGAAAAAGCCCAAGUUUGAUGCCAUAUCAGCCAAUGGAGACAGCGUUCCUUCCUCACCUGAGAUGCUUUGCCCCCCUGUCCAGAGUGCCCCGUCUCUGUUGGCGCAUUGGGCUGCUUCCCAACAGUCUCUCGGUGCCCAUGAUUGUCCCGUUUCUCAAGGCACUGACAUCCUGAAUUUUUCUCCAGAUUUGGCAUUGGAUUCUCCGGGCACUGAUCAUUUUGUCAUCAUAGCCCAGCUGAAGGAGGAAGUGGCAACUCUAAAGAAAAUGCUGCACCAGAAGGACCAAAUGAUAUUGGAGAAAGAGAAGAAGAUAACUGAACUAAAGGCUGAUCUGCAGUAUCAGGAGUCCCAGAUGAGGGUUAAAAUGAAUCAGAUGGAGAAGACUCACAAGGAGGUCACGGAACAAUUGCAGGCCAAGAACAGAGAGCUUCUGAAACAAGCUGCAACCUUAUCAAAAGGCAAAAAGACAGAGAAGCCAGGGGCAAUAACUUCCCCUUAAACAUAGUAUGGGAACUUCUUCUAUCCUGCCCCCCCCCCGCAGAAACUUUUGGCUGCUAACCUCUUGGAAUCUUUCUGGGACCUCACUAUGAUUGGUAUUGUUAUGGACACAAGGGAAACCUCUGUAUGUGACCACUCAAUAGCAUGAUAGAGUGUUGGGUUUUAAUACUUUGUUCUCCUGUCAUCAUAAAAUGACGAGGUGGGAAGAGGCAUCUCUUCCACCACUUCUCAUCCUUCCAAGUCCAUGAACAAACACUUUCAGUGGUAAGAUAGUCUUACUUAAGUUUAUUAUCUAGCUGUAGUUGGUUGAGACAGGAGGACAGGGUUGGAAUCGGAUCCUCCCCAGACUAUGUGGCUUUCUAAAUAGUCAUAUAGUGGUGGGAACGAAUCAUGAUUCUCUGUGUUUACCGUUUUAAAAGGAAAUCUUUCACUUUCCUUACUGAAAAUAAUUUUAUGUGUUUCUGUGUUUGGAACACCAUGAGGCCAUUUGUCAAGUAUUUCUCCAAGGCCUGUAAAAACGGGAUAGAGUUUAAAUUAACAUCUGCCAGAAUUUUAGAAGUUUAAAGGUCUCUUGGCAGGACAGUUUGGAAGAAAGUAAGGAUCACUAACUGAUUUUACUUAAUCUGGUUUAUUUAUCUUGAUCACUAAAACAGCCAUCUUGGAUCUUUUUGCUCUUUUUAGGAUGAUGGGAGAAAAGAGAAUGUAUGAGCCUCGCUCUUAAAUGUAGGAUACAUUCAGUUGCAAAAAGAUGUGAGUGCAGCAUUUUAAUGAGCAAGCGCUAUGAUUUUCCUUGAAUUAUAAACUUAUUAUACAACAGUAAAAAAACUUUUUGGAGGGCUAGGAAAGGGUGGAUGGAUAUUGUCUGAAAUAGAAUAGGAAAAGGCAAGUGGUUGAACCACAUCGGAACAGAGAAUCUAAGCCCCUGACCUUGUCUUAAUUGAUUGAAAGUUUUAAAAAAUAGCAACUCUGCUGUUUUUGAGCCUUGCCCUGGCUUAAGAGACAGAGAAGGCCAACUGCAGACUCAUAUUUAAUAUUGCAAAUGGAUAUAUAAAACUGAACUUUUUAUAAGAUAAGGGACAACUGCUGCCACUGAAUUUUUAUAUAUUUUUAAACUUUAUUAAGUCGUAUCUUCUUCAAUUGCACUUUGAAGAUCUUAAAAUGUGGAAGAAAAAAAAUCUGCAAUUACUUGCUGUGGGUUGUUAAUUUUUUAACCUUGCUUUUGCUUUUUUAAAAAAAACAAAGACUUGUUAAGGAUUCAUCACACUGGAAAACAUGUAACAGAAGAAGCCUAAUUUUUAUACUUAAAAUAUUUUUAGGGAAAAGAUAUUCAUAGAAAUUUAACUGAAAUUGGUUUUUAGCUUCUUCAGGUGACAAAAAAGUAAAGGUAAGGGAAAUUAUUUCGUUGUAACUAGAGCUUUUUCUUAAUUUUAUUACAAUUUGAUCAUGCAUUAAAGUGGAUUAUUUAUAGUGAGACUGUUUUUCUUCUACAUUUGUAACAUUAAUGGUGUUUAAACAGAUGCAUUGCUUUGUACAAAUGAAUUGUAAAAAUAAUGUUUUGGGGAGGGUGAAAUCUUUGAGUGGGAUCAACUUUUGAUAUUUUGUGUAUGCCUUUCUUGAUUUGAGUCAGCAAAAAGAAUCCAUUUUUCCUUGGCUUGGCCUUAUCCUAGCACAGUCCUUUGGCAUGAAGCAAAAAUUGCUUUUGGUGCUACUGUGGAAUUUGAUGUAUGUGGAGGAUUAAAUGGUAUUUUCUGUAAUGAA